UAGUCCACUUCCUGCUUCUAGUUCAUCGACUGAUCAUGGGGAAGAUUCGUUGGCUGCCGUUCUCGGCUCUACUAUUGUGGGCCUUAUGUCUUCACAGCGCCUCUGCCGAUAACAAUGGCGUGAAGAAAAUGAAGAUGCAGUUCGCGACGGGUCCACUUCUCAAAUUCCAGAUUUGUGUCUCCUGAGGGUACAAGCGGGUGUUUGAGGAGUACACGCAGGCUUUGUACCAGCGGUACCCAGACAUCCGCAUAGAGGGAGAGAACUAUCUUCCUUUGCCCCUCUACAGGCACAUUGCUUCCUUUCUGUCUAUGUUUAAGCUGUUGUUAAUCGGAGUGAUCAUCUUGGGCAAGGAUCCUUUUGCUUUAUUCGGCAUGCAGGCUCCAGGGAUCUGGGUUUGGAGUCAGGAGAAUAAGAUAUAUGCUUGUAUGAUGGUGUUCUUCUUCAGCAAUAUGAUUGAAAAUCAGUGCAUGUCUACAGGUGCAUUUGAAAUCACGCUCAAUGAUGUCCCAGUUUGGUCCAAGCUUGAGUCAGGACACCUGCCCUCCAUGCAGCAGCUAGUCCAAAUUCUGGAGAAUGAGAUGAAGAUGAGCAUGCACAUGGACACACUUCCACCUCAUCAGUCAUAACCUUGCCUCUGAUUCACUGAACGGAGCCUACGACCCCUCCACAUUUCUGGUGACGCUCUCCUGCGGUUGUGAGAUGCCAUUUAUGAAGGUCUGUGCUGAAAGUAGCGACUACUAGCACACACCGGAUGUUCUGCGCUCUCCUCAUCAUGCCCUUUGGAGUUGCAGCACCCACAGCUGGUGCGGGAUCCACGGCAGUAACAGUGCCCAUAUAAAUUGCAACCCCCAUCCUCUGUGCAAAAACCAUUUGCUUCAGGAUAAAUGUUCGCAAGCAUCAUGUCACAUUAGCAAAAAUCUAAUUUUUUAAAAGUGAUUGUUUCUUCCUGAUCAUCCGUAAGUCUAAAACCAGGUGUUUCUUUAAUUUAAUACAUGUAGAAGUUUCUAAUUUAUUCAUCCAGCUCCAUCAAAGUAAUAUUAAUUCUAUUUCUGAGCCCUGAUUUUUAUAUUGCUUUGUAUAACUUAAUGUUUACAACAAGAUGAAUAAAAUAGUCUAACAAACUAAA